CAGAGGAUAUCAGAUCCACAUAGAGAGCUUCCUUUCACAAAAAACACUCCUCCACUGAAAAUGGAACAACUGGAUCGCAACGCGCCCCCGUAUCCAUGACCAAAUAAGAGCGAGCGAGCACUUAUUGUCUUUUAAGGAUCGCGCUGACCGGUCAUCUUGUCAUUUUACAAGAGACACGUUCAUAUUUUUUAGAGUAUUUCCAAAUCAUUUGUGUUAGGUGUAGCUCGUCGUUUCUGUGGAUUAUAUGAAGGUGGUUGGAUCUUGAAGACGGAGUGCGUCAAGUUAGCGCACGUAUCCAACAAGUGGAUGCAUGAAUUCGCUAGCAGCAGACUAAAAACGCAAACAGCCGGUGUCUUGAAAUCCUAUAAAUCUGUGUAUCGGUUGAAAAGUAAUAGACUAAAAACCUACGCUUAUUAGCUCAGAUUGUCAAAGGAGAUGAAUGUGUUAGCGCAUAGUCUGAGCCUGAGGUAGUUUUUGUUGUAUCUAGUGACUUUGUGUCAAGACAUUUUAAAGCAAAUAAUCAAACUGCAAUGAGGUAAGACAUUGUUUUUCUGCUCUCCAGUCAUUGACCAAAAGCAAGAUUUCGCUGCGGUAUCCACCGUCUCCCACCUCACCCCUCUCCCCCCAUCCAUGGACUCGCUUUUCCCUUCCCUCGGUGACCGUGGGGGGAAGUUGGGAUCCUCUCUUUAGACAUUUCUGUAUGAGGAGGGCGCAGCUGGCACCUAAAGGUCGCAGUCAUGCCGAUGCACCCAGUCUCCUCCACGUUGAUGUACCGGGGGAUCUGCACCAUCCCUGACCUCCUCGCCUACAGAGCCCCGCCGAACCUGCCCGAAGACGAGAUUGAAGAGAUCCGCGAGGCCUUCAAAGUGUUUGACCGCGAUGGGAAUGGGUUCAUCUCAAAGCAGGAGCUGGGGAUGGCGAUGCGCUCCCUGGGCUACAUGCCAAACGAGGUGGAGCUGGAAGUCAUCAUUCAGAGACUGGACAUGGACGGCGAUGGCCAGGUGGACUUUGAGGAGUUUGUCACUCUUCUGGGCCCAAAGCUGACAGCAGCUAGGUUGCCAGAUAAGUUCCACGGCACUGACUUUGACUCUGUAUUUUGGAAGUGUGACAUGCAGAAGUUAACGGUGGAGGAGCUGAAAAGGCUCCUCUACGACACCUUCUGCGAUCACCUUUCUAUGAAAGACAUCGAGAAUAUCAUCAUGACUGAGGAGAACCACAUAGAGAACCCCGGGGAGUGCCAGGUGGAUAUAGACAGUUCCAGCCCGACCGUCAAGCAAACUUGUGUUCGCAAGAGCUUGAUUUGCGCCUUUGCCAUUGCUUUCAUCAUCAGCGUCAUGCUUAUCGCAGCCAAUCAGGUGCUGCGGAGUGGCAUGAAGUAGGAGCAGCGGCAUUUUCAGCCUUGACUACCACCUAAAGGCUGCCUCACGGACACAUGACUAUAAACAUAAAGCUAAAAAAUAUAAAACGGAUACAACAGACAAUCACGCAGCUGUAAAAUUGGCAAAUGACUGCGAGAAAAAAAAUGGAGUCACAGAAAACAGAUUUGUCAGAAACAUGCUGAAAACUUUCAAGGACAACAGGACCUCACAUAGACAGAGAAAGUGGUGUGAAGUGGACGGCUGCCUAUACAUAUCACUCAUACAACAUUUAGUAUCCAUUAGCUAUGUGCAUUUGAGCAGUGUUGCAUUCAGUAAGGUGGCAGCUAUAAAGAGAAGUGUUUUGACUGUCCAGUUGUGUAUUUGUCCAGUGUACCAUGCCGUUUAUUAUAAAGCAGUAGAAAGAAAUCUGUGAAAUAUUGUGGGCACCGUUGGAGAAAAUGUAUUCCUGAGGCUGGAAGGUGUUGUUAUGUGCAAGGUCUGGAGUUCACAGUGUUGUGGAGAUAUUGUAUACGGUGCAACAUUGUUCAAGAACAAUUUGUGUAUAAAGAAUGCCUUGGUAUGAAACAAAUAUCUGCAGGGAGGUGCAUGUGGUUGUGUGGAUAGUUUCACUUAUUCACAGGCUGCAGGGUUAGCAAGGUUACCAGCUCGCGGGAGGAAUUGUGUUGAGGUCUGAAGGGACAGGGGCUUUGCAGGCCUCUGAGAAUGACCUUCAUCUAUGCAUGAAAUGCAUGGAUUUAAACAGUCGCCGUCUUGACACAUUUGUAAAAGUUAUUCUCUAUGUAUUAAUCAUAAUGACUGUAACAGCUGUUCUCAAUUACUUAACGACAACUGUGAGCAAUUAUGUGCGGUGCCGGGUGUCAGCAAUCACAACAAAAGCAAAGCAUACAAAUGCAUGAAAAAGAAGGGCUGCUUUAGUACAUGCUCUAAAAAAAAGAUUUCCAGGAUUGCUAAACUGCUGACCUUGCGCCUGAUGACCACUACCACCGUAGAGUUAGAUAUGUGUCUUGCAACCAUUUUAAAGAAUAUGCAUUGGAAAUCAUCUGGUUGGUAGUACAGCUGAACAGGAAUGUAUUUUUAUUUUAUUUUUUUCUGUCUGUAUGCGUUGCGAAAGAGCAAUAAAUGUAUGUAAAAUAUACAUCUUAUAAUGCUUGAUACAGACAGGAAUCUUCAAAAAAAAGUAACCCCCAGUGGACCUAUUAACUGUUAGGGUCAGAAAAGUUGCGAAAGCACUUUCCAAAUGAAGGUUUUUGCAAUACAACAGAGACCCUCUUGUUCUGUGAGACGCAGACAGAUGAAUGGGAAUAUGUGUGUCAGAAGCUGCAUAGUGCAUUGAGGUUUGACAGGGGCCAUAUGGUGUAAACUGUUGCAAUAAAACAUAAAUAUCUGUGAGGCCACCACAUGAAUAUGAUUGGGGUAGAUUAGAUUGUUUUGCAUGCAUCUGGGUUAGUUCCCUCAUCAUCAGUGUGUAUUGUACAUACAAAAACAACUUCAACCAAAGCUUUGGAGGGAUCUGUGACAGCAGAAUUAGGCCACACAACGAAAGUGAGCUCAGAAAACAACAAUUAAUUUAACAUUUUAAUUAUUGAGAUGAACCCAGACAUCCUGCAUAAGUCCCACAGCUUCCACUCAAAUGUUUUAAUCAGUAACUGAAACCAAAUAAAAAGGCAUAAAAGGUCCUUCAAAAUGCCCUCAAAAACAACACACUGCGAUAAACAGUUGAAAUCUAAAUAAUUCACAUCUUCUGAAUUUCUCUAUUUAGGAUCUCUAUUGGCAGCUUCCCAAACUUGGAUCCCAAACCAGGGCCAAAACCUCAUUGAGAGGCAACCCAUUUAGACAACCCUAUCAACAGGAGCCAGGCAGGAUAAUGAUUAUCUGAUGCACCCAGGCAAUUUGUCAAAAGUGUCAACUCUGUGGGGAACACACGUAAAAAAAGGGAGAAAAAAGCCCAUUUGUUAACAGAUACCUUUGUUUCCAUUUUUGCACUUUACGAUGUGCUGCAGCGCACAACAACUCACCGUCAUGAUUGUUCAUCCGAUUCCUCAUAUAGUUAAGGCCUGAAGAAUUACAUUUGGGCCUAAAAAAAUAAUUACUUUACCAUAGAUGUCUAUUUUUGUGAAAAGGAAAUAUUAUGGAAAUAGAUAUAACUGACUGACAAAAUUCACGUCUCGUUCAUUUUCUAUCAUAUCAUCACCAAGGGAACAUUUUCAUUGGGAAUAAAGUUAUUAUAUUCAUUUGAUUGUUGCCUUAUUCUUUGAGACACUUUUGCAUUGUGCAUACUCAUAAAAUCACUUGUACAAACCAAUAUUUAUUUUCUUUUUACCGAUGAAAAAAAAAUGUAUGAACAUGUUGAUAGUCUACUGAAUGUUCUAUUUCCAUUGUAUUGUACUUUGAUACCUGUCUUUGGAUCUUGGAAAUGUUUAUUGACAGUGUGAUAUCUGUUCAUUGACUCCACCCAACGUUCUAUGUCUGUGGAAUGGUAUUUCACAAUAAUAAAAUAACUACCAUGUUA